AUGGUGACGACCAGCCCUGGCUUGGUGGCAGAAGCGGCUGUGCGCCGGGCGGCGAUAGAAGAGGGGUUUGCGAAAGACAGUCCCUGGGCCAGAGUUCUCCUGCAGAGGUGGUCAGAUCCAUCGUACCUUGUCAUGGUUGCGCGGACGAUUGACACCAUGGAAGACGCAGAAUUCUGGUUGGCACUGUUGGGGAAGCAGGUCCAGCUCCAAAGUACCCGGGCGCAGCUGAAGGCUCAGCGAUUGGAUCGGCACAAGCUCGAACAGCGAAGGAAAAAGCACACAAUGGCAGCGUAUUAUGCCGCCUUGGGUGAGAAACCUCGGGGUGAUUCUGAUCUUCGCUUUGGGGAUCUUAGCCUCUAUGCGUUGGACUGGAUUGGGCCGCGCACAUGCGCCGAGCUUGACUGGGCAGAUGGUAAUGAUGUCUGCGCCUUGUCCCUCGAAACCGAUAUCCUCGUUCUCUACUCUAAACUCAUGAUAAAAAGCGUGGAGGUUCAAGAGCUGCAGAAUCGGCUUUUUUCGUCUGGGGGCCCCGACGUCUUUCCUGCCGGCGACAGGGGCGAGUCACAAGCUUCAGUCAGAGCGGAUACAAUCAAUGCAAAUGUCGUUGCAUCCCUACGCCCGAACGAAACGUACGAUUGGGACACCAUCACUCGAGAGAUCUAUCUUCCCGCUUUGUCGGAACUCCAAGCUCCGGGGGCAACAGCGGAGCUGUUUAGUGUCGAACUGAGUCAGGUUAUGGCGGCACUAGACCACGAGGAGCAUGCUCGCAGCAGGUUUUCCUCAUCUAGCAGUGGUAGGGACGGCAGCAUUUCGGGAGCACGGGGGGGGCCUGCGCCAGGAGGCGGGUCGUGGACGGCAUCCACAACCGCGGGGGGGCAAGGGACUGGUGCCGCGUAA